AUGGCUUCAAUAAACUUACUUGAAACCUCCGCAGCCAUCUUUUGCUUUCUCAUCAUCUAUUACUUGUUUUUCAAGAAACCUCAUGGCCAGUUGCUUAGAGACUGGCCGGUUCUCCGGAUGCUCCCCGGUCUGCUCGUGGAGUUCCACCGGAUCCAUGAUUUCAGCGUUGAGAUUCUAGAAAUCUCUGGCUUGACGUUCCAAUUCAAGGGACCGCCAUUCACUGGAAUGGAUAUGUUGGUCACGGUUGAUCCAGCCAACAUUUAUCAUAUAAUGAGCUCAAACUUCUCAAACUACAUCAAAGGACCUGAGUUCCAAGAAGUGUUUGAUGUGUUCGGAGACGGGAUAAUCACCACGGACUCGGAGCUCUGGAAGAAUCUGAGGAAGUCUUACCAAGCCAUGUUCCAUUCUCAGGAGUUUCAAAGGUUUUCAGUGAGUACCAUGACAAGUAAACUCAAGGACGGUCUUGUUCCUCUUCUUAAUCAUUUUGCAGAGGAAGGCACACCAGUGGACUUGCAAGAUGUGUUUGGGAGGUUCACUUUCGAUACAAUCCUAAGCCUUAUUACCGGUUCUGAUCCUAAAACUCUCUCCAAAGAAAUGCACGAGGAUGAAUCCGCUAAAGCUCUCGACGAUGUUGGAGAAGGGAUCCUGCAGAGACAUGUUAAGCCAAAGUUCUUGUGGAAGCUGCAAAACUGGAUGGGAUUCGGACAAGAGAAGAAGAUGAAAGAAGCUGAUGCAACUUUUGACCGUGUGUGCGCGAAGUACAUAUCAGACAAGAGAGAAGAGAUAACAAAAUCUCAAGGGAUUAUUGAUGGAGAUAGUCAGGAUCUUUUAACUUCCUUCAUGAAGCUUGAUACAACCAAGUACAAGCUCUUGAAGCCGAGUGAUGAUAAGUUCCUUAGAGAUACUAUCUUAGCUUUCAUUCUAGCCGGAACAGGUACAACUGCCUCUGCUCUUUCUUGGUUCUUCUGGCUGCUCUCUGAAAAUCCACAAGUGGUAGCCAAUAUUCGUCAGGAGAUCACCAACACGAAUCUAUCAAGAACAGGAAAUGUCCAAGAGGAUUCAGACAAGUUGGUGUAUUUACAUGGUGCGCUGUAUGAAGCAAUGAGACUAUAUCCACCAUCUUCCUUCGGGCGCAAGUCUUCUGUCCAAUCAGAUGUGCUUCCAACUGGGCAUAAAAUCGAUGCAAACUCUAAGGUUAUUAUCUCUCAAUAUGCGUUGGGAAGGAUGAGAGCGAUUUGGGGAGAAGAUGCGCUGCAAUUCAAGCCGGAGAGAUGGAUUUUAGGGAAUGGAAGCUUAAAGCAUGAGCCUUCCUUCAAGUUUUUAGCGUUUAAUUCUGGUCCAAGAACUUGUCUAGGUAAGCAUUUUGCUAUGAUUCAAAUGAAGAUGGUGGUAGUGGAGCUAUUACAAAACUAUGACAUAAAGGUUAUCAAAGGGCAGAAGAUUGCGCCAGUUCUUGGUUUUAUAUUGUCAAUGAAGCAUGGACUUAGAAUCACAAUUACUAAGAGAUGCACAGCUUGA